GGACCGGGGAUCAAGAUGAUACGGUAACAUGGCGUAUAUCGAUUCAGCUCUGCUUCUAACAGAACAUGAUCAGAUGCAGCUCCGCUGUGAUAUUGAGCCUGAAGGACGGUCCUGAAAUUGGGAGCAAACUCAUCAAUCAUUUUUCUUCGCCCAUCCUUUGCUUCAUCUGGGACUCGAAUUCUUCCUUGCUCUGUUGAGUCUUGUCCACCAGCAGCAAUCAUGAAAGUUACUCUUUUCCUCGUUCUUGCUCACCUCUCCGCCGUCUUGGCCGGGGGAUACCAAGGAUGUCUUGAGCGCGUGCUGCUGUUCAAUGCCUAUGAGAUCGAUGGGCUCAACGACGAGGCGGACCAGACGAUCGGCUUUAAGUGCGCCAAACCAGAUACGAAGAAUAAAUCAUGCUCCAAGUGGAAUGCUUGCACGCCAAAGAGGAACUCGGGUCGCACCCGGUGCAACUUCGACGAACUCAUGGUGUUCCUGGGCAAGGCUCCUACUCAAACCGGCUGGUCCGUCGAUGAUUCUGAUGGGAAGUUGGAUCCCGAGGGGACGGCCAAGCAAUGUUAUAAGAUCUUCACGACCGCCCCAGGGAAGAAUCCCAAGGUGGUCAACUUCCCGCCUCACGUAGCCGCAAAAGAUGCGUGGGAGUACAACGACUACAUCAAGCGCAUCACCAACACAGUCAACAAUACGUACAAGAACAAAGGGAACAUUGGAAACCGGGGCCUCUGGACGAGCUUCGACACGACUAUGGCCAAGGUCAGCGAGGCGCGGGCCGGAGACCAUGGCCCUCAUCUCAUCCAGGCAGCCAAUGACGCGCUAAGUAGCAAGAUGGACAUACAGACACAGGACCUAGGAAGUGGGAAAAAUCCUGCUACUGGCGAAGUGUGGAAAACUGUGGAUUGGAAAGAGACGGCCAAACAAGCCAAGGCCAAGGGCGUGCCUGACGUCGACAAAGAGAUUCAGGGGUUUCUCAAGGACUUCUAUGGUGGGACCAAUAAGCAGGCAAGGGACCACCGCGUAGUGAUACAGUCAUACAAGCGGGCGACGGACAAAAGCCUGAGUUGUCGUUAAGAUGGGCAAUUUGGAAGCGGUUAUGUGUAGCACAGUAGGGAAGGUUGGAGGAGGCAGAGCAUGGGAAAGGGGAACAGGAUAGAUAGCACGGAUGUAGUAUACAGAGCGAUACGAUU